AUGACACCUCUUCCCAAAUCCCUCGGUCCAAGAUCCCUCCGCCUCCGACCGCGACCGAUAACCCCCGGAUUCCACCCUUUGCGCCGAACACGCUGCGAGCGCUACAAGUCUGAUUCUGCACAGUCGAAGAACACGAAUACAAAUAAAAAGGCAGUCAAUGAGGAACUGGGUUCGAAUACCACACAUAAGACUACACACUCACACUCACACACCCAUGCCUCCCCGCCGCAACCAUCAAAUGCAUUCGCCGCAUCUGCAGGCGCAGCAACACCACCCUCCACACACUCCAUAACGCGCUCUCGUGGUUUCCGCGAAAUGAUCAAGGCGGGUCCGAUUGGGAAGGUCGGGAGGUGGUAUGCGCGCGUGCAAAAUGAGAGGCCGUACACGACGCAGUUUUGGAGUUCGAUUGUUAUUUACCUAUGCGGUGAUUUGAGUGCGCAGAUGCUUUUCCCGGCUGAAAUAUUACCUGAGAAAGGUGAUGCGCAGGCACAGCCACAGCCACACGCACAAGCUGAGGAUGGGGAUGGAGAUGGGGAUGACGGGCCUAGGACUGUUGGGUUCAUGUUCCUCGGCAACCAUUUCAACUACCCCAGCAAAAUCCUCUCAAUCCUAACAAAAGUCAUCGUGCAGCAAGUGUGCUUCACGCCCGUUUUCAACACCUACUUCUUCAGCGUGCACUCGGUCCUCGGCGGUGCGACGAUGGAGGAGACAUACGAGCGGCUGAAGAAGGCUUUGCCGGUUAGUAUUACGAACAGCGUUAAGCUCUGGCCGGCUGUUACGGCGUUUAGCUUUAUGUAUGUGCCAGCGCAAUUCCGGAAUGUGUUUUCGGGUGUUAUUGCCGUUGGGUGGCAGACUUAUUUGAGUUGGUUGAAUCAGAAGGCUGCUAAGGAGGUCUUGCUUGCCGAGAUUGCUGAGGAGGAGAGGGUUAGGGAGGUUGCUGGGUUGGGGCGUGCGUUGAUUGCUGGGACUGUGUGA